AUGCUACCACCAUCAGAUUCAUUUGCUCACCAAAACCUCAAGCUGGCAGAAGUCCUGGCCAGCCUUCAAAAGCAGACUGCUGCUGCUCCUCCACCACCAUACGCUGCCACUGCUACUACUGCUACACCCGAGUUGCUUGGGGAGUUCGAAGACGACGAGGAAGAUGAUAGCACGUCUGUAGCCCCCAUUGUCAUUAAGAUUGAUACCUCUAUCUCCAUCGACGGGCAGAACAACACCGUCGCAAUACCCACUGCUUCGGAAGACAGUCAGUCAGAUGUUCAGAACUCGGCUCCAUCAAUACAGCAGCUGCAACAACUACAGCAGCGUCGACAGGCAAAGUCAGCACAGCUGGCGUCGGCUAUUAUCUUAGCCCUGAAGUCCGCCAGUGUCUUGGAUGAUAUAGAGACGGGCAGGCAGCGGCCAAUUGAGAUUGAAGUCAACGCCGGUAUCAGGAUUACGGGGAAUUCGAACAUGGUUUGUCCUGGAGCUCGGAAGAGGGCUGGAUCCGAUCUGGCAUUGGGGCAGCUGGACAGGAAGCGUCGAGCACAGUCGGAGCCCUUGGAGAUCCCUGAGAGGAAGCGAGUACUUACCACCAAAGAGUCAGCCAGUACUUGA